AUGGCGAUGGCCCAGGCAGCAAACCUGGUGGAAAAGAUUCUCGGCCACGGUGAUAAUGCAACAGUCACCACCGAUGUGUCCAGCUACGACAAUGAACAUGGGGUGGAGACCGGAGAGAUGAUCAAGGCUACUACCUGGCAAGGGAAGAACCGAAUCAAAGUUGUGGAAAUGCCGAAGCCGCGGGUGAUCGACCCCGGAGAUGUGAUUGUCAAGGUGACAGGGAGCACCAUUUGCGGUAGCGAUCUUCACCUGUAUCACGGUAUGAAGAUAAUCCCACAAUCCGAGACAAACGAGAACACUCUGACCAAUGCCUUGUAUGGAAAACGAACUGCAGGCAUGUUUGGCUAUUCCCAUUUCACAGGUGGGUUCGCAGGUGGCCAGGCCGAGUACAUUCGAGUUCCAUACGGUGAUGUCAAUCUACUUUCCAUUCCAGCCGAAGUACCAGAUGAGAAGGCACUUUAUGUCUCAGAUGUCAUAGCGACAUCAUGGCACUGCGUGGUCGACACCGGAGUGAAGAAAGGAGAUGUUGUGGCGAUCUGGGGAGCCGGACCGAUCGGGCAGAUGUGUGCACAGUUCAGCUUCUUCCAUGGAGCUAGUCGCGUCAUCCUUAUCGACGGAGGUGACGGUGCAUGGCGAUUGGACUUCGUGAAGACUAAAGUGCCAAUGGUUGAGACAAUUAACUUCACUGACCUGCCCAGAGGCGAGUCGGUUACAUCGCAGCUGCAAAAAAUGGUCGAGGGCGGACCCGAUGUUGCUUUGGAGUGUGCAGCAGGUGAAUAUGCCAAAGGCUGGGCACAUUACUUCGAGCAGCUACUUGGAAUGGAGACGGAUACUUCAGAGUUGCUGAAUGAGAUGAUCACAGCCGUUCGCCCAUUUGGCCAUGUUGGGGUGACUGGUGUUUAUGCCGGAUUCACGAAUCACUUUAAUAUUGGGGCUUUGAUGCAGACAGGUGUUCAUCUUAUGGGCAAUGGCCAGGCCCCUGUGCACAAAUAUUGGAAGCACCUCAUGGAUCUCAUUCAGCAUAACGAUAUCAACCCGCUGGAUAUGGUGACACAUCGGGUUCGUUUGGAAGACAUGGAGAAAUUGUACGCGAUUUUCAGUAAGCGAGAGAUGGGCAUGCAAAAGGUCUUCGUGCAGACCAAGUACUCUGCUCCUCCAGCGGAUGGGGCUCCUCGAUUAACGGAGUUGUGA